AUGGAGCAUCAGGGCGCAGGUUUCGCCUUUGACACGACGAACAUGGACUUCAGCAACAUGUUCGCGACGCCACAACAACAGACGUUUACGCCAGCGGAUAAUACUUCUGGCUUCUUCUUCGCUGACGAGGGUAUCGAUACUACCGCAUCAUCUUUCAUUGAUCCGACUAUAUUCGACAACACCCCUCAGCAGAGCACAUUUAACAUGCAACAUAGUCUUACCUUGGAUGACACCUCGGCGACCCCAGCAUGGAAUACGCAGCUCACUCCUGAUAUGCAACUCCAACAUAUCGCGAAAUCAUUCCCACCUACACCACUACAAUCUUUUGAUACCAUGCCAACGCAGUUCAAUACGCUUGGAAAGCGCCCACUCCAGCUUGAUGUGCACGACUACCCUCAGUCGAAGCGUCACGCAAGCUUUGAUUUCCCCUUGUUCCCCACACCCCCUGCGACAACCACGUCUAGCUGGAGCCUGGACCCUAUCCCCUCCGUGGUAGCAGAUGGGCUUCCAGAUGAGGCAGCUGAUGUCUGCGCGACAUGGUUCAACAAAUACAAUGUACUGCCAAGUGACAGGCAUAUCGACUCUUUAAGCCAGCUCACUGGUGAGCCAGCAGAUGCCAUCCGAAGCUGGUUCAGUCAGCUCCUAAAGCAGGGUAUGGGUGGCGGCCAGAGUGAUUCAGCCUACAAGUCCCAGACAGCACUCAUCCAACAAGAACAACAACAGAAGCAGCAUGAAUCCUUUUGGGAUGACCACACAUACCAGACAGAGCUUCCAGGAGCAUACAAUGUCUACGGAAGCGUUGCACAGCCAGCGCUUGGGGAGACGUCUUCUCCCGGCUCGUCACCCACUCGUGACAACACCACCGUCACCAUACCAGUAGUCUCCACGCGAGGUAGCAAGAAGCGGUGCUGCCCUACCGAAGACCUUGAGUUGCUUGGUAGGGAUCCUAGGAAAAUCUACCAGUGUACCAGGAAGUGCGGCAAACGGUAUGGCCGCAAGAACGACUGGAAGCGCAAUGAAGAGGAAGGCUACCCAUGUAAAUCCUGGGUUUGCAGCCUGUGUACGAUUGAGGGGGUUGAGAAUGUCAAGCCAUGUUAUCGAAAGUACCACUUUGUCCAGCAUUUCCGAAACAUCCACCCCGAGAUGAACCCUGAAGACUUCGACGAUGCCAGUAUAGUGAUCUCCGAAACCGAAUUCCCUCGUAGAUGCGGAUUUUGCCGACAUCGCUUCGAAUCCAGACAAGAACGUAUAGAUCACAUCGCCGAUCACUUCAAACAGGGCAAGUGCAUGCUUGACUGGCGGGAUGAGGAAGACAACGACAGUAACGAUUCUGCGGACGAUGACAAUGACGACGGCCCAAGCGAUGACGGCUUCGGUGGCAAACCUUCUCCUCAACCACCAUUCGAUCCACGUGGUGGUAGUGGCUCCAAAUACUCUGGCAGCGGUGGCAGCGGUAGCGGUUCUACAGGCCCACCAUCCUGCGGCGGAUUCUUCCAAUUCCAGCUCUCACAACUUGGUGAGAGCCAGUCGGAUUGUGCGGACCAACAUAUCAAACCCACUAUACUUUCGCCGAACAUCUCUCAGUCAUCGACCUCACUACAUGAAUCGAACAAGUCGGGCUCGCGCAGUGUGUCAACUGUUGCGGGCUCCCUGCGAGACGGCCGCAUCAGAGCAGAGGAAGAUGACGAGAGCGCUCUGGCCGGAGAUGAUGUCGCCCAACCCAUAAAGAAGGAGCUUCCGAUCUCAUCCAUGGAUGAUAGGACAGACAGUGUUUUGUUGGAGCAUCCUCACUGGAAGCACUCUAGAGCCGACAUAGCUGCUAGUACUGGGCGUUCGUCAUCAGCAUCUCCUGCCCACAUAGUAAAUGGAGAAGUCAUGACUCCUGACAUAUCGCUCGACACGGGUACGACGAUCGCCAUACAAGACAACUUGUUGCAGAGAGCAACGGGUAUUGGACGACCUCCUCUGUCAUCCACGAUGUCUCUCGCUGCCACCGGAGAUCAAGAACGCACGACACACGACGAAUCCCUGGACAAGUAUACAACGACAUCCACGCAGAACAUUUUGACGGUUGGACACUCCAGAGGAACGAUACAAGCUAGGAACGCGACCUUCCUUAGUGUCAAGCUGCUUGGCUCAGGAGGCUUCAGUACAGUCGACGAAGUCGUGCAUCAACAAACGGGAUUACACGUCAGUCGCAAGACACUCAAGAAUCGUAACCAGACAGUGAUCGAGGAGCUCAAGAAGGAAGUAAGCGUUCUUCAGAAGUUACGCCACCCUCAUAUCAUUCGCAUCAUCGGGACCUACUCACGGGGCGACAAGAUGUCCAUGUUGCUCUCACCCGUUGCCGAUACAACACUUGCAGUAUGGCUCGAGCGAUCAGCGGCGCAAAAGCCUGCCAAUCUUUCAGAGACUAUUGUCAGAAUGUUUGGCUGUCUCGCAUCGUCAGUAAGACAUCUUCACGAGCAGCAAGUUAGGCAUAUGGACAUCAAGCCUCAGAACAUCUUGAUCGUCGAAGGUGACCAAGAGUUCCCUCACGUAAUACUCAGCGACUUCGGUGUCAGCUCCUCAGAAGAGAUGAGUGACGACCAACACAAGCCGCUAACACGCCAAUACAUCGCACCUGAGGUAUCCUUGGGCAUUUCCCGCAAGAAGGCUGCUGAUAUCUGGAGUCUUGGUUGUGUCUUCGCGGAGAUGGCAUCCGUUCCGUUUAGUCAAGACAACAUGGGAUGGUUAGCCUUCCGCAAGGCUUUUAGUGGUCGUACUGGCAAGCACUAUUGGCAGGAUGUAUCUGGUAUACAAGACCAGCUCGCCGGGUUCCUUGCCGAGGCAAAGACCACGACAGAGCAUACAGUGAUCUGCACGCUUCAGAGCAUGCUGAAUGCUGAUCCAGAUGCACGACCAGAUGCAGGAGCGUUGACUAUGAUCUUCACUCCGGCACCAUGCUGUCUCAACUGGCCCAACGACAAGGCGACGUUCCCGGGCCCACAAGAAGAGCUUGAUGGAGUAGACAUGCUCAGUCACCAAGGCGACAUCGAUACCUACGACCAUCCCCACCUUCACGGAACGAACGCCACAGAAUCAAAAGCCAGCCUUGCGAAUGCAAAGACUUGGCUAAGCGAAUGUUCAUGCACGCACGAAGCUUGUCGCCACAUGGUCACACGCGAUGCUGGCUCCCUACCCACACGUCUGAUCGAGAUCCUUUCGAAUGGCCAAGAUGGCACAGUCCGCGCGAAGGUUGUUCAGACUGACAGUAUCGAAUCCACUGCCGACAAGACAGAGUACGUGGCAUUGAGUCACGUCUGGAGUCACAUACAGCCACUACUCUCGAGCGAUACACUAUCGAGCAUGCAAACUGAAUUGCCACUACAAAAACUUCCGAUUGCGAUCGCAAAGGCAAUUGCGGCAGUGCAUGACUUGGGCUAUAAAUAUUGUUGGCUAGAUUCACUCUGUGUCGUACAAGACUCGGAAGAAGACAAGGAACGCGAAUGCAUAAGCAUGGCGUCUACCUUCCGCAAUGCGACACUGACAGUCGUACUUGACCAUUCGGAAGACCCGGACCACAACUUCAACGAUGAAGCUGUUGUCGAAGGCAUGAGCAACAAGACCCAUCUUGCGUCCUUACUCGGGUCAAGUACAAGCCAGAGUCCGACGUCAGGUCGACUACCUGCUUCUGCUCUGCUACCAGCUGGCAUCCUGAAUACGCCAAACUUUGGUUGGGAUACACGUGCGUGGGCGCUACAAGACCGCCUCCUCAGUCGACGCUUCCUCCAUUUGGGCGAACAGUUGUACUGGGAGUGCAACACCCUCAAGGCAUCCGAAACUUUCCCUCGCGGUCUCUCAGCACUCGUCUGGGAGAAGAUUCAUACUGAAUCUAGCAAAGACAUGCAACCUGCCCUGAUGGCCACUGCUAAGAAUGACAAGAGCAAAUGUCGUAACGAUGCCCAGCUCAUGCUGAACAUUGACCCCGUCUCGAUCUCGAUCACGACGCCAGGAAAGAUAUGCUACGACAAGGAUUACCUAGAUAUCCGGGAAGCCCACACUUCCGACGCUGUCUGCGCUAGAUCUUUUGGGAGUACAACGGAACCGCAACGCACACUUCCGUCGGCGAGUCGUUUACGCGACUGCCAAUGGCUGAGGAAACAAGGUGAUGAUAUCGGACAAGGGACAGAAGCCGUACAAGCUACGUUGAAAGUCAACUCGACCCAAAUGUCCGAUCCAAAAGGCGACUUUUAUCCUCCCUGUCGGAGGAGUGGAAGUCGUAGACUCAACAAAGCUUGUUUCCAGUCAAAGACACUUCCUGGACGGAACCCAGGCGGCGGCAAUGGCAACGAUGAAGGAGUGGAAGGAAAUCUCAUCGAGAGGUAUCGGAGUGACGCAAAUGCAAAUGGGAAUGGGAUGGACUAG